AUGUCUGGACGACCAGGUCUCGCGGAGAAGCGUCUGUCCAGCCAUCGCUUUCAGCAAAUCCCAGAUCAUCGCCAAGAGAACAUGCAUAACCCCAACGAUGUUACCAUCGACAUUCCUUUACAGAACGUGACCAGUCGCGGGCAGACUGGUGCACGGAGCAACAACAUGAACAUACCAGCCUCGCCGUCUGGAGGCUAUUCCGCAGGAGACGUUGGGAACAGCAUGGGCGGCGAAAAGGGAGGCUUGGGCGCAGAGACCCCUUCUAGCUCGCACGGCUUUGGCCAUCGCCGCAGGAGGGUCAUUGACGAAAACACUGGCCGCUCGCUGGACGACCCGGAGGAUGGUACAAUCACCCGCCUGGGCCGCUUCUACAAUGCCGUUCUCAAUUUCUCAAUCGUCACCCGUUACAUGAUUUAUGUCGCACCUCUCGCCGCUCUUAUCGCAAUCCCGAUUAUUAUCGGAGCGACAGCCACCCCGGAUGCUAAAAUCGGCGGCGUGGCUCUUCCCUGGUUUUUCACCUGGAUUGAGGUUGUUUGGGUGUCUUUGUGGGUGUGUAAGUUGGUUGCAAAGGUCAUUCCCUUCGUUUUCCAGUUCCUUUGCGGAAUUGUCAGCUCCGGGACUCGCAAGUAUGCUCUAAUUCUGCGCAACUUGGAAAUGCCGAUUACUACGGUACUUUGGAUGAUUGUCUCACUCGUGACGUUCCUGCCUAUCAUGGUGUACAACCCAAGAAACACAGCUGACGGUGACACCGGGACGAAGAGCUGGGAAAAGUCCGUCAAGAACGUCCUCUUCGCUCUUCUGGUCUGCGCUAUGAUUUUCCUCGCCGAAAAGACCAUUGUUCAGCUCAUCUCGAUCAGCUACCACCGUAAGCAGUUUGACACGAGGAUCAAGGAGUCCAAGCGCAAUAUCUACCUGAUUGGUGUUCUGUACGAUGCUUCGCGCAGCAUGUUCCCCAUGUACUGCAAGGAGUUCCGCGAAGAUGACGCAAUAAUCUCCGACUCAAUCCUUGCAGCAGCUCCUGAGAAAGGUAGACCUGGCCACCUGCGCUCGAGCUCGUCCGCUCCGCUGCGGUUUAUUCGCGGUGUAGGUCAGAAUGUUGGACGGUUCGGAGGCAAGAUCACGGGCGCGCUGGGCGAUGUCGCACAGGAAAUCACUGGCAAACAAGUCUUCAACUCAGGCGCAGCUCGGUCCAUCGUCAGCGAGGCACUGGAGCGUAGGCGCUCGUCUGAAGCCCUGGCCCGUCGAAUCUGGAUGUCUUUUGUGAUCGAAGGCCGCGAAGCCCUUUUCCCCGAUGAUAUUAUCGAGGUUCUGGGAGCUGGAAAGGAAGCUGACGCGGAAGAAUGUUUCAUGAUGUUGGACCGGGACGGCAAUGGUGAUAUCAGCUUGGACGAAAUCAUCUUGGCUAUUUCCGAGAUCGGACGUGCCCGCAAAGCAUUGAACCACAGCAUGCACGACGUUGACCAGGCCAUUCACGUCUUGGAUAACCUUCUCGCUACAGUUGCCUUCAUCAUUGGUGUUCUCGUCUUUAUCUCGUUUGUCACUAGCGGCUUCGGUACUGUCAUCGCGGCUGGUGCCACCACUCUUCUCUCUCUGAGUUUCGUCUUCGCUACCACUGCGCAAGAAGUGCUUGGUUCCUGCAUUUUCCUCUUUGUCAAGCAUCCUUUCGACAUUGGCGAUCGCGUGGAAAUCACGGACCAACCUUACAUUGUCGAGCGUAUCUCGCUGCUGUACAGUGUCUUCCGCAAUGUGACGGAUCACCGUGUCACUCAGAUUCCCAAUGCCGUCCUCAACACCAUCUGGAUUGACAAUUACUCGCGGUCCGCUGCCAUGAGAGAGAAGAUCACAGUUGAAGUCGCCUUUGACACUUCCAUGAACGAAAUCCAGGUCCUGAAGGACGAAAUAGAAAUGUUUGUCCGUGACAAGGAGAACAGCCGCGACUUCCAACAGGAUGUUGACAUCGAGGUUGUUGGUAUUGGAGCCAUGGACAAACUAGAGCUGACCGUGACCCUCUGCCACAAAUCCAACUGGGCCAUCGAAUCCGUCCGUGCUGCGCGCCGCUCCAAGUUCAUGUGCGCCUUGGUUGCCGCCAUCCGCAAGAUCCCUAUUCGCGCCCCUGGUGUCGCCGCGGAGGAGGCUCCCGCUGAAGGCACUGACGGUCCUGGCGACGGUCCUGACAGCCAGCCCGACGUCCAGCGCCAGCCAUCCACCAGCGAGGGAAUCCGCCGUUCCACCGGUCCAGACACCAGCUUCACUGACUCCUCCAAAUCCACCGGAAUUGACCUGGGCCGCUCAGGAUCCCUUCAGCGCCGGACCGCUGCAGCAGCCGCCGGCACCGGCAGCGCCUACAGUGAGAGCACCCUCAACAAUGACCCAUACCACAGCCUCAACUCCCCACUUGGCGACAGCCACAACGCUGAAUAUAACCGAACCUCCCUGUCCUCGCCCAUCCAGGAACGCAACCUCAGCGUAAACCAUGGCUCCCUUACCCGCGGGGCAUCCACCGCAUCCACCGGCCGUCGCAAGCCAAGUGCCCAGAGUCAGACCCAGCAACCACUAGCCUCCCCAACCGAGUCUUCCCUGCCCCCUCAUCUCCAGGCUCCCCCAGUCCAGCCAGCUCCGGGGUUCUCACAACAGCCCUCAAACCCAUAUAGCUACUCGGAGCGCUACGAGCAGCCAGAGAGCUCUAGUCCGCCAUUAGAGCUCUCUUCGGAGAUGAAUCCUUCACGAAUCCAGCACCCCUCUCAGCCUCAAAUCUACGAUGAGUAUGGCCGGCCCGUUUCACCUGAUGGGGAGCCGCCUCACAGGGAUCCGCGGUAUAACCCGGAUGCCUCGCGACGGGUCUAA